CGUCCCCCUUCCAGUCUCCAAUCUGCAUUCGUAUGUCAGGUACAACGUAUACUCAGUUUUCUUCUUGGUGCGAACACAGUUUUUGCGGGGAUCCAGGGCUAUCUUCUAACAUCUCUGUGAGAGUUGGAGGCUGGACCAUUAUUUUCCCUCCGGGGCUGAUUCUCCCAAUACCUUAAAGAGCUCUCUAUCAACAAUGUCCAACGAUGAGCUCCUCACCGACGAGUACGUGGCAGAGCUGUUGAAGAAAGAGGCGGCCGACUGCUCUCUCAAAUACUCAAGCAUUGGAAUGGAAGCUUUCCACCCGAGCAAAAUGCCAUCGAACAUGCUUAGACCGAACAAGCGAUUCCUUCAACACAUCAUCCGAGACACCGACAGACAUAAUUCCAACCUUCUCGCAAAAGAAACUGCCGAGUCACAGGCGCGCUUGAGAGAACUUGAGAAGGAGGAAGCACGGCAGAGGAGAAAGAAAGCAGUACCUCAAGAUGUACGUCGAAGGCAGAUGGGAGACAUUAUGGCGAUACUGGGCAGAGGCAACGCAAAAAUCCCAUCCAGCUCUUCAAGGAGCGAAGGGCGGUCUGUACCACAAUGCUCUGCGGAACAAUCAAGACAUCGUCGCUCUGCUCGCAGCACGUCUCCGGGAGGCGAACGACCUGAUAGGAAGAGACGUCGCCGGCGGGAUGGCGAGAAAGAUACACCGUCGGAUCGCGAGAGUCGUCGGAGAGACAAGAGCCGCAGGUCGCGAUCUCGGUCUCCCAAAGAACGGGAUGCGAAACGACGGCAUCGCGCCCGCUCACCGCUCGAGCGCGACGAUCGGCUAACCGGGCGGAGGUCGGAGAGGGCGAAGAAAAAUGGGAGCACGGAAAAGGACAAGACACAUCUUACGUCUGCGCAUUACCGGGCGUCGAAGGAGAGGGCUUCCGAACCUGAAAGCCGCAACGACUCAUCCUCGUCGUCCCGCCCUAGACGCGAGGCCGCUGGCACAUCAACGUCCGACACUGACCCAUUAGAUGACUUGAUUGGGCCUGCGCCGCCUCCUCAUGUGCGAGUACGAGGCCGAGGGUUCCAAUCCGGGGCAUCGUGCAUGGACAAACGCUUUGAGGAAGAUUACGAUCCAAAGGCGGAUGUUGACAUGGAGGAGGAUAAUAGAAAGGGCAACUGGGAUGAUGCAGUGGAGGCUUUCAGGGACCGGAGGAAAUGGGAAUUACAUCAAGAGCAGCGGAUGAGAGCAGCUGGAUUUGGCGAUGAAGAGAUUGCCAGGUGGAAGAAAGGUGGCGAACGCGACGAAAAGGAUGUCCGGUGGUCAAAAGCAGGUGAAGAGCGUGAAUGGGAUCGUGGUAAAGGAGGUCUAAGUGGGAUCUUCUCGGAGGACAACUGAACCAGGUUAUAUCAGGGAGAGAUGAUUGAGGCCAGCACUGGAUGCCCAGCUGGUCUUUGGAGCGUUUGGGACACGAGGCGAGGCGCUUCGCAUGGAUAUACAGCGGGUCAAGGUGACACCCAAGGGGGGCUUCUGUUUUCUUGUCUUUUCUCUUUCUACGAUACGGGGAUGCUCAGUGCCGGCGUUCAGGAUCGUUGAACAUUAAACCAAUCGAAGAAUUGGCGCCUUGCUGCCUUCCGGUCCCUUCGUGACGAAAGUACUUGAGGCCCAGCUUACUUC